AGGAUAACUUGAAGCUUGCACACAGAGCAGGUUCCAGGGAGCAAAGGGAGGAACAACCUUAUACCCAACAGGGCCAAAGGAAAGGAAACCUGAACCUGUAGAAAAUCCACCAGCCAAAAUGCCAACCAGACAGAAAACACUGAUGUAUGGAGGUGCUUUUUUGACCAGCGUUGCAUCCUUUGUCGUCAUUUGUGCCGUUCUGGGAACGCAGGGGUGGAUGGACAGUGAGGUCAGCUUCUCUGGAGGAGAGAACUCAACCACUACUGUCAGCCUCACAUAUGGGCUCUUCCAAGUGACCUGCGCUCAGGUCAUCAAUGAGGGGCUGCAGAUCUCAGAUAGCAAUUUCCAAGUUGUGGAUGCUCUGAGAAGCAGUGGAACAAAAGGCAUCAACACAGCCAUCAUUGUGCUUCUGGUUCUCAUCUUGCUGAGCUCCCUCCUGAGCGCCGGCUUUACGUGCACCAACACUGUGAGCAACCCCUACCAGACCUUCCUGGGACCCAUCGGAGUCUACACCUGGAACUCCAUAAGUGGAAUCCUCACUCUUUUGGUUAUGAUACUUUUUCCCAUCAACGUAGAAGGCAAUGGCAUGUCUCGGGAGUUGGCCAUCAAAUGCAUUUCUCUGGAGCUGGGUGACGUCGGAUCUAAACACAGGUACUCCUACUCCUACUGGAUCCUGCUGCUUAGCAUCAUUUUCAACAUUAUUACUAUCGUUAUCAUCUAUUUCUAUGACCAUGCAAGAUAUUCUAAGAAGAAGGAACAGGAAAGGCCAAUUGAAAACGCAUCAAAAGACGUCAUUCUGUUUUAAGGACAUUGCCAAAAUGAUGGUCUAAAAUAAAAUGACUGUUUAAUAUGGACAAUCCCGACCGAUCUUUUGUGUUCAGAUUGAAGUUAUGCGCAGUGCUGCAGCAGCAAGGCAAUGGCCCAUGCAAAGCAGCAGAGCAGCCCCGCAUCUACCUUUUUAAUUUGCAACAUUCUGCUCUGUGCACACAGUCCUGGAGAUGAGCACCAUGCAGAGCAGCCAGCACUUUCUGCUCCUUCUCUCCUACCUCUGCAGCUACAAGAACAAUGUUUUAUUGCACAGUUCUCCUUUGCAAUAGGACUGUCACAGCCGUACUUGGCAUCUGGCCUAUGAUGCAAGAGAUGCUCACACGUGAAGGAAAGCAUCUCUAGGAGGAGAUGCAAUGCAAGAGGCGACUUCUCACUAUUUAAGUCAAAAGAAUAAAGCUUUGGGAUUAAAGCAUUA